UAGAUAGAGAGAGAUGGCUUCGGCCACAACCCUAAAAUUGAUUCCUCUAGCAGCAAUCGCAAUCCUGAUCAGCCUGAUCCUGAUACAGUCAAGUACUCCAGCCAUUUCCUCCAUUGACAUCCGAACAGCAUAUGAGGUUCUUGAGGACUACAACUUCCCAGUUGGCCUUCUUCCCAAAGGGAUCACAGACUAUGACCUCAACAUCACCACAGGUAAAUUCUCAGUCUAUUUCAAUGAUACCUGCAGCUACUCUCUCAAAAGCUCCUACCAUUUGAAAUACUUGCCCACUAUCAAAGGCUACAUAUCAAAUGGCAAGCUAUCCAGCUUGGAGGGUGUUUACACAAAGCUGUUCUUGGUGUGGAAGGAGAUAGUAGAGAUCGUCCGGGACGGAGAUAAUCUUGUUUUCUCUGUGGGAGUUUUGUCCUCCGUAUUUCCCAUUGACUACUUUGAGGAGAGCCCUCAAUGUGGGUGUGGCUUCCAAUGUGGUGGUGAGCAAGUAAGGAAGCUUAGAUCAAACCUUUUUUUAUGAAGGGAGUUGAAGACAAAGAUUUUGGAGUAUUUAGAAGCUUAGCGCUGCUCUAUGCCAUGUACUCGAAAUCUAAGCCAUCCCACUCAUAUAGGAGUUCGGAUGCUGGAUGGCAACACAAGUUAGGUUAAGUUGGAUUGAGCUCAUCCACAAUGUUUUCAUAGAACUUUUUCUAUAUAUUUAUGUCAAAAUUUUAAUAGUAAAUAAAAUAAUAUAUUCAAGAUAUAACAAGAAGUUAAAAAUAA